UCUCACAAUUCACAAAUGCAUCUCCAAACCCAAUCUCUCACCACCAACUUACCUCUCCCUUCUCUCUUUCUCCCAAAACCAACAACAACAAAGCCCCACCAAUUCACGCCUCUAAAGCAGCAAAAACCAUUUCCACAAUUCUCCUUAAAAUGCUCUCUUUCAACUGUAUCAGCUGAGCCACCUACUCAUAACCAAAAUGAUAAGCCCUUGCCUGCUGAAGUUUCAAGAACCAUCAUGGAGUUAUCUUCAGUUGGCACUCUUUCUACUUUGACCUCAGAUGGCUGGCCUUUGAGUGUUGGUGUUAGGUUUGCUGUUGAUGAUGAUGGCACUCCUAUUUUGUGCUUGAGUGAUUCUCAUAGACAGUUUUCUGUUGAUAGAAGGUCUAGUCUUCAUGUUCAGUUAGAGCAAUCUGGAACGAGGACACCUCAGUGCACAAUUCAAGGAAGCCUUGACAAGCCUGAGGACACAAAGCUUUUGAAGUGGGCUCAUUCAUUGUGGAAAAAGAGAUUUGGAGAAGAAGUUAAGGAUGAACUUAUUUAUGUUGUGGCCAUGGAGCGGGUACUUCAGAUGGAAGACUUCAUGGAGGAUGGUGUAUGGGUCUCAUCAUCUGAUUAUAAAAAUGCUAGCCCUGAUCCACUCCGAGACUUUGCAGAAGCAUUUGCCAAUGAGAUCAAUGACAAGAACAUGGAAGAUGUUAGCCGCUUUUGCAAUGUAUAUGUUGAUUUGGACUUCCAGGUGUCAGAAGCGAAGAUGAUAUGGGUUGAUAGGUUAGGCUUUGACAUGCGUCUUUGGUCUCAGAAAGGCACGUUUGAUGUCCGAAUUCCUUUCCCAAGAGAAGUGACUGAUGUGAAGGGUGCCAAGUCCUCAUUCAAUGGUAUGUCACAGCUUGCUUGGGAGGUGGAAAAAAACUAUCAGACGCUGAACUUUAAGAAGGUGCAACAAUUAAAGCAGAUAACACACAAGGGAUUGUAAGAAGUUAAUUUUUCAUAAUUUUUGUGAGAUACUAUGAUAGGAGGCCCUUAAUGACCAUUCUUUGCUGAGUUUUUCGUGUUCAUACUUUUGAUGGUUCAAGAUUGACCCGUCCAUUCAGACAAAUUUGUUGAAAUUACGAAUUUGAUUGGCAAGUGUUCAUGUGCU